UCUGUGAGAAGCAGCAGUGACACCAUGACCAGCAACUGUUCGUUCGAAAGCGUGGACAACGUGAUGAGAUAUUUGGAGCUGGUCAUCUACAUCCCCAUCUUCCUCUUUGGUUCGGUUCUCAAUGUUGCAGCGCUCUUAGUGUUCUGCGUCUUUCUGCGGAAAUGGACAGAGUCAACUAUCUACAUGACCAACUUGGCUCUGAUGGACCUGCUCCUCCUCUUUCCUCUUCCCUUCAAAAUGCACGCCACCAACCACUGCUGGCAUGCCAACCUCCAACUUCUCUGUUCGGCUUUGGAAAGCCUGUAUUUUGGUGGGAUAUAUGGCAGCAUCUUCACCAUCAUGUGUAUAGCUGUGGACCGAUGGGUGGCUAUCUGCCACCCGUUCAAAGCCAAGCAACUGCGUUCACCCAAAGUGGCUCUGGGGACCUGCAUCGGGGUCUGGGUGAUGGUGCUGGCAGCGGUCUGUUCAACCACCUAUCGCUUCAGGGAUACCAGCCACAAGGAAUUCCGCUGCUUCCACAAGUUUUCAGAGGAAGGCUGGAGGCCUCCGAUGAUCAUCUGCGUGCUGGUGUUUGGGUUCCUGGUGCCUGCGUUGGUGGUGGUUUUCUGUUCGGUCCAGACAAUCCGGGCGCUUAAGCAGUCUGGCCAGCACAGCCUCCAGAGCCGCUCCUGUGUGAAGAUCAUCUACAGCAGUCUGAGUGCCUUCCUGCUUCCUUUCACCCCAAGCCACCUGGGCAUCCUUCUGCAGUUCCUGGUACAUCAAGGAAUGAUUCAAGACAGCGGCAGCAGGGCCGGGAUCAGCCUGUUCAUACAGACAGCUAUGUGCCUGUCCAACAUCUCCUGCUGUCUGGACGCUCUGUGCUACUACUUCAUCGCUCAUGAAGUGAGGAGCCCCAAACAUACCUUCAGGAUAUCAAUGAUCAGCCAAAGAAAAGCCACCUUCAGCACUUCAGAGGUCUGAACACAUACGUGACUAUUAAAGUUAAAAUAUAUAUUUUCUGGAGAUGGCUUCAUGAAUUUUAGCAGGGCGGUGAAACUGAAAGACAGAUGGUGUUCUUUCCAGUAGCUAAAAGGCAAACGUGGCAUGCACUAAGACUAAGUGGUCUGAAUGCAAUCUCAUUUAACCACAGUGCUUGAGAGGAUCUGAGUUCUGAUACAGGAUUUGGUCCAGUGACAGGAAGCCAUAGAUGCAUCUCUAACCUCAGAGGUACC